AUAUUUUUUAACAUAUCGGCAUAUUUUGCAGCAAUUUGCUGCAUAAAUAACCAUUGAAAUCGGUAGUUAUGAUUUAACGAAAGCUUAUUUACAACUUUUAGUAAUUCUACUCAUUAAAUGAAAAAUUGCGUUAAUCGAUAAGAUAUCGAUAUGUUGGCCACGGUGCUGCACUUAGUCCAUCGCUAAUAAUAAUCAAUAAACAGAGCAAUUUUGGGUAGCAAAAUACCAAUUUUUGUAUGAAAAAAACUGUAUACAAAGAGUGUUUGAUAAAGAGACGGUGAGUAAAAUAUGUCCAACGAAAAAGUGGACGACUGUGACAAAAAUCAGAAAGUAGAACACACAAAACAGACAACAAACAGUGUGUCACACGAUGAUGACUCGGAAUCGGAUGAAUAUCAAUCGGCGGGCGAGGGUGACGACGAUGACGAUACAACAACAGCAACAGCAACAACAGCUACAUCAACAGCCGCAUCUGUCCCCAUCAUACCUUCCCCACUAUCAGAUGAUUGUGUCGAGUUUCCAAUGCAUCGCAGCGUUUUCGAGAACGACAUACGAACGCUGCAACGUCGCCUGCUUCUGAACACUGCCGCAAAGGAAGUGGCCGAAAAAGAUAAACAUGGCAAUACGCCCCUGCAUCUGGCCGUUAUGCUGGGGCGCACCUGCUGUGUCCGCCUGCUGCUCGCCAACAAUGCGCCCGUCAAGGUGAAGAACAACGAGGGCUGGUCACCGCUGGCCGAGGCCAUCAGUUAUGGCCAUCGCCAGACCAUCACGCAGCUGCUGCGCAUGCUGAAAUUGCAGUCGCGUGAGCACAUGGAGAGCCGACGUGAACGUCUCGUGGAGGCACUGCGUCAGAUGCAGGACUUUUACAUGGAGUUCAAGUGGGACUUUCAGUCGUGGCUGCCGCUCGUCUCUCGUAUUCUGCCCUCGGACAUUUGCCGUCUGUACAAGUGCGGCGCCUCCCUGCGCYUGGACACAACGUUGGUGGACUUCAAUGACAUGCGCUGGGAUCGUGGCGAUAUAUCGUUUCUAUUUCGUGGCGAGGCGGCGCCAAAUGAGUCCCUAGUGCUGCUGGAUAACGAGCAGCARUGUUAUCAGCGRCUGCGCUAUGAGGAGUCCGACAUGGAGGACGAGGUUGAUGUGCUGAUGUCCACUGACAUUUUGGCCACCCAAAUGUCCACGAAAACCAUACAAUUCGCACGAGCUCAGCGUGGCUGGCUGUUCAGGGCCAAUCGCAAGGAAUUGAUAGGCGGGCAAUAUCAAUGCGAGAUCUAUACCAUUCAGGGUCUGGUGCUGAAGCAGCGCAAGCGACGUGAGCACUUGUCGCACGAGGAUUUGCAAAAGAAUCGAGCCAUCGUUGAGACAAUCACCAAAGGCGGCAACCAUACGGAUUCGAAUGCGGCCACAACUCCCAAUGGCAGCAAUCUAACAUUGCCGGAGCUGCCGCGUCGCAGCUCGCUGCCACCGCCGCCUACCACAACGGUCACCUGGUCGCAAUAUAUUGAAGCGCCCGUGGGCAAAUGCCCACAGCUGGGCCGUGCGCCGGUUAACAAGCAAUCAAACAAAACGCUGCGGGCAACGGUUGCGAUGAGCACAGAUUUUCCGCUUAGCGUGGACAUGCUGCUGGACGUACUGGAGGUGGUGGCACCGCUCAAGCAUAUCAACAAGCUGCGCGAGUUUGUCACACUCAAGCUGCCCACGGGUUUCCCCGUUAAGAUUGAGAUACCCGUGCUCCAUACGGUCACCGCCAAGGUGACCUUUCAGAAGUUUGAGUUUCGCGACAAUAUACCCGCUAAGCUAUUCGAGAUACCCGCACAUUAUUGGGAGGAUGUGCGGCGCUUUCAGGACUUAUGACCUAGCGAUGAAUCAUCGUCAUCCUCAUCAGCUGCCAAUACGCCAAGCGCCGUCAAGCAGAUCGAUUUGAAUCGCAACAGCAG